UCGUGAAAGAAUUGCUAAGUUUAAACUUAACACAAGGAUUUUUGGGGAAAAGCACUAUAUGGGUUUUGAUUUUGGAGGUGUUUUGUAUUAGUAAACUGCAGCUCCGCAAGCACUGGAUCAUUCCAUUCUGAAGAAAGCGACUCAGUCCACAAGUAUAUCGAGGGAAUAACACUGUGAAGGAUUCUGUAUGGAGAUGUAUCUUACAGUCUUCUUCCUGACCACUCUUCUGAUCCUCACACUGCCAGGUAUCCAUGGUGGCAAAGUCCUAGUGUUCCCAUUGGAUGGCAGCCAUUGGGUGAACAUGAAGGUUCUGAUUGAGGAGCUGCAUGCUAAGGGCCACAGUGUCACAGUGGUGCGAGCAUCAAGCAGCUGGUACAUUGAGGAGACGUCCCCUCACUACACCUCAGUCACAGUCCAUGUUGAAGAGAGACGUGAUGAUGAAGAGGUGUACAGCACAUUUGUGUCUAGGUUACUGCAGAUACAAAGAGAGGGUAGAUCUGUGUGGACUCGUUUCAACUUGGAAGUGGAGACAAGUAACAUGGUAAAAGAGAUGCACGAAAGGAUAUGUGAAAUGGUGGUCCAGAUGUUUGAAGAUCAGAGCUUGAUGCAGUCUCUACAUGAUGCUCAGUAUGACUUGGUUCUUACUGAUCCUGCAGUAGGUGGUGGGAUUCUCUUAGCAUACUACCUUGGUCUUCCCAUAGUUUUGAAUGUUCGAUGGACAAUACAUGGAGAAGGCCACUUUGCAAUUGCUCCUUCACCACUGUCCUAUGUUCCUAUUCCAGGGGCAGAGUUAACCGACAAUAUGAGCUUUUUCCAGAGGGUCCAAAACUUAUUCGCACAAAGUCUUUUUUUACUUCAGAUAGCGCUUAUUGUGAGCCCUCCUUACAGUUCUUUAUGUCAUCGCUACUUUGGCCCUGGGGUAGACUACUUUUCGCUCUUUCAGGCAGCGGACAUCUGGCUCAUGAGGGUAGAUUUUGUCUUUGAAUUCCCACGCCCCACCAUGCCUAAUGUUGUUUACAUGGGUGGAUUCCAGUGCAAGCCUUCCAAGCCCCUUCCAGAAGAUCUGGAGGAGUUUGUUCAGAGUUCCGGAGAGCAUGGUGUCAUUAUUAUGUCUUUAGGCACAGUAUUCGGUCAGCUUCCACAUGAUAUAGCUGAUGAGAUAGCUGCUGCUUUUGCUCAACUGCCUCAGAAGGUCAUUUGGAGGUACACAGGGGAUAGGCCAGCUACCCUGGGCAACAACACCCGAUUGGUCAACUGGAUGCCACAGAAUGACCUUCUGGGACAUCCCAAAACCAGAGUCUUUGUGGCCCAUGGGGGAACCAAUGGAGUGCAAGAGACUAUUUACCAUGGAGUUCCAAUAGUUGGCCUUCCACUGGUAUUUGAUCAGCCUGAUAACCUUUCCAGAAUGAAAGUGAAGGGAGCAGCAAAAGUCUUGGAUUUUGUCACGUUGAACAGACACAUUUUUCUCCAGGCCUUACAGGAAGUGCUCCAUGACCCAUCCUAUAGGAUGAACAUGCAGAGACUCUCCAGGCUGCACCGGGAUCAGCCAAUGAAACCACUGGACCUCGCCCUCUUCUGGAUUGAGUUUGUUAUGAGACACAAAGGUGCUGCUCACCUGCGCACAGAGUCCUAUAAGAUGCCCUGGUAUGUCUACCACUCUGUGGAUGUCAUAGCAGUCUUGCUAGCACUUAUGUUACUCAUCUUAAUCAUUGUCAUUGCUGUAAUCAGAUUUCUGUGCUGUAGGUUGUGCUGUAAAAGAAAAAUAAAACAUGAUUAAUUGUGAAUGCACUUAUAUUAACAAUGUAAGAAUAAAAUAUAUUUGAGGAAUAAAUUGUCCGUGAGAGGUGAUCUAAGACCAGUUCAUGCUGCUCAGCAUAUUUUGGUUAAGGUUAGCUUUGUGGUUGGGGAAUCAAGUCACAGAUCAGCAUUUACCCACAGCUUUUGCCUUUAGCAAUUCCUACAGGACCCAGCUAUGUGUAUUACAUUGUGAACAUGUUUUAUGUUUUUGUUCGUUCUAUUGUUUGUGUUUUUGCCUUUUUGUUGGUAUUGUUUUGCUUUGUUGUUUACUUUUGUAAUCACUGUUGUAAUUUUACAGUAUCUGCCAUACAGGGAUUCUGUGUAAAUAAAUGAAUAUAAACUGAAUUCUGUCGAUUUGGCCUGUGACAUCCUCAACUGAUCUUUUGUGUGUGUGGAGGAGGAAUGAAUACGUUGUCAGGUUUUGCCAUUUUGGCUGAUUUUUUCCUUUGUUUUCCCUCUGCAAUGACAGAUACUGGUAUAUUUGCAUUCUUUUUCUGUUAAAAGUGCGCUUUGUAAUAAACUUGAAGGAUAUGGCUUUUUACUUUGGACUCUCAUUUAAUUGAGACAAGGGGACAAGGCCUGGAAUCUUUCAAUACUGUGUCUCCCUAAUAGUGUGGGCACUGUAGUCAUUUUCCUUUUUGCAUGUUAACCCUUGCAAAUAUGAUUGUUAUUCUGCUUCAUCCCAUAAUAGAAGUGUCUGUAUACUAGUGUCAGCAUUGGAUAGGGUAACAAUAUACUGCUGAUUUAGUACAAUGAAAAUAUUCAGAUGUACUUUUAUUGUUUCAUCAACAGGCUUUUGUUUGUUUUCAGUGAG